GCCCUGCACUGCCUAAGGUUGGUGUCCACAGCCCCACAGAGGGUGCAGAGGGGGCUGAACCUACACCAAAAGCACAGUGAUGAGGCCCCAACAAAUAACCAGGUUUCUCAAAGAAAAGAGAUGGUGUCAAAGGCAGAUGUGGCCCUGGAGUGUCUGUACCAACGGGAGAAAAGGAUCGGGAUUGACUUGGUCCAUGACAACGUGGAGAAAAACCUUAUCCAGGAAGUAGAUCUGCUAAAAUGUUGCCAAGAACGGAUGCGAAAAUUAGCUCAAAGAUUCGAUCUCCAGAUGCAGGACAACCGUGAUGCUCAGCACGCCCUGAGGGACAUCGAGGACAAAAGCUCAGCCCAGUGUAUCGAUGAGAAGUGCUUCAACCUGAGAAACACGUCCGACUGCAUUAGCUUCUUCCACGGCAUGAAAAAGAUCUCGGUGCCUGAGACCUCCAAGUUCAGCAACAACAACAUCAUACACUCUCAGAACACGCGAGCCAACUCGAUCCGGCUGCGGGAGGAGGCAGAGCACCUGUUUGAGAACUUGUCGGACCAGAUGUGGAAGCAGUACACGGACACCAACCUGGCCUUCCACGCCCGCAUCUCUGAGGAGAUGGACAUGAAGAACAGGCUGCAGACACAGCUGGCCAAGACGCUGCAGGAGAUCUUCCAGGCGGAGAACACCAUCACACUGCUAGAGAGGGCUAUCAUGGCCAAGGAGUGCCCGCUGAAGGUGGCACAGACAAGGCUGGAGUGCCGGAGCCGGCGACCCAAUGUGGAGCUGUGCAGAGACAUUGCGCAGUUCAAGCUCCUGAACGAGGUGUACACCAUCGACGACACCCUGCAGACCCUCCGGCUGAGGCUGCGGGAGACGCAGGACACGCUGCAGCUGCUGGUGAUGACCAAGUCCCGGCUGGAGCACGAGCUGGCCAUCAAGGCCAACACCCUGUGCAUCGACAAGGAGAAGUGCCUGGGCAUGCGCAAGACCUUCCCCAGCACGCCUCGCCUGGUGGGCUACACCUGCCCGGCCAUCUGCUCAGGCGCGUGCGCCACCUUUGUUCCCGGCGCUGGCCCCGCCCCCAGCGCCGGCCCCGCCCCCUGCUCCGGCCCCGCCUCCUGCACCUGCCCGCGUCCCUGCGCCUGA